AUGCCCGGUUUCUCGCAGGCCACCGAGCUCUCCGCCUGGAAGGAGCUCCAGGAGCACCACCAGGCCGUCGGUAACAACAUCGUCCUCAAGGAUGCCUUCCAGAAGGACCCUCAGCGUUUCGAGCGCUUCAGCCGCACCUUUUCCAACUCGGCCGACAACUCCGAAAUCCUCUUCGACUUCUCCAAGAACUUCCUGACCGAGGAGACCUUCGCCCUGCUGGUCAAGCUCGCCAAGGAGGCCAACCUGGAGGAGCUGCGUGAUGCCAUGUUCAAGGGGGAGCACAUCAACUUCACCGAGGACCGUGCCGUGUACCACGUUGCCCUGCGCAAUGUCACCAAUGAGCCCAUGCAGGUCAACGGCAAGAGCGUCGUCGAGGAGGUCAACUCCGUCCUGGAGCACAUGAAGGAGUUCUCCGAGCAGGUCCGCAGUGGCCAGUGGACCGGCUACACCGGCAAGAAGAUCGACACCAUCAUCAACAUCGGUAUCGGUGGUUCCGAUCUGGGUCCCGUCAUGGUGACCGAGGCUCUGAAGCCCUAUGGCGCCCCCGGCAUGAAGCUCCACUUCGUCUCCAACAUUGACGGCACCCACAUCGCGGAGGCUCUCAAGGACUCGGAUCCCGAGACCACCCUCUUCCUCAUUGCUUCCAAGACCUUCACCACCGCCGAAACUACCACCAACGCCAACACCGCCAAGUCCUGGUUCCUCCAGUCGGCCAAGGACGAGGCCCACAUUGCGAAGCACUUUGUGGCCCUCUCCACCAACGAGGCCGAGGUCACCAAGUUUGGCAUCGACAAGAAGAACAUGUUCGGCUUCGAGUCGUGGGUGGGUGGUCGCUACUCGGUCUGGAGCGCCAUUGGUCUCUCCGUCGCCCUCUACAUCGGCUACGACAACUUCCACCAAUUCCUGGCGGGCGCCAACGCCAUGGACAAGCACUUCCGCGAGACCCCCCUGGAGCAGAACAUCCCCGUCAUCGGUGGUCUGUUGAGCGUGUGGUACAGUGACUUCUUCGGCGCCCAGACGCACCUGGUCGCCCCCUUCGACCAGUACCUGCACCGCUUCCCUGCCUACCUCCAGCAGCUGUCUAUGGAGAGCAACGGCAAGGCUAUCACCCGCUCUGGCGAGUACGUCAAGUACACCACCGGUCCCAUCCUCUUCGGUGAGCCGGCCACCAACGCCCAGCACAGCUUCUUCCAGCUGCUCCACCAGGGCACCAAGCUCAUUCCCUCGGACUUCCUCAUGGCGGCCGAGUCGCACAACCCCGUUGAGGGCGGUAAGCACCAGCGCAUGCUCGCCUCCAACUUCCUCGCGCAGGCGGAGGCUCUCAUGGUCGGCAAGACCCCCGAGCAGGUCAAGACCGAGGGCGCCCCCGACAACCUCGUGCCGCACAAGACCUUCCUCGGCAACCGUCCCACGACUUCCAUUCUGGCCCAGAAGAUCACUCCGGGUACCCUGGGAGCGCUGAUCGCCUACUACGAGCACGUCACCUUCACUGAGGGCGCCAUCUGGAACAUCAAUUCGUUCGACCAGUGGGGUGUCGAGCUGGGCAAGGUGCUGGCCAAGAAGAUUCAGAAGGAGCUGGAGACCUCUGGCGCGGGCGGCGACCACGAUGCGUCGACCAGCGGUCUGCUGCUGGCGUUCAAGAAGAAGGCCAAGCUGGCGUGA